AGAAGAUCAGGAGAAUCAGGGAUACGCAUCACAGAUGAUGUAUGACAGAGGCAACUACAUUCCGACGUUGAGGAUUAUGCUGGCCAUCGUCGUGCUCAGUUUUCAAGAGGAAGUCGUUCUCGCUGACAUCACCACCUAUGGAUUCUACAUAUCGACUCCACCCUUGGCUAACUGGACGUGGUUACAGAAGGAGCUCACCUUUCCACCCAACACGAGAGAAGUCACCCUCUGCCUCAACAUUGAGCUACACCAAAGCCACCCAAACAACGGGGCCGUCCUUACUUUCAAUAAGACAUUUGUCGCUGGCGUUGAGAAAGACAAAUACAAGAUCUACAACCUGGGGUUCCCGAUGAUUUACGAAAAGACUGUGUCUCCUUGGCAAUGGGUGCACCUGUGCUACUUCGUCGGAGGAACAACCGGAAUGGCCAUUGACGGAGAGGCAGUCCACGUCAAGGAAGAACUGGAUCUGAAGCAGCUGGAUCUUACGAUCCCAUACAACCUCACGGUCGGGAUUCCCAGCUGGUAUUACGAAGACACGAGCAUUGUCGGGUCUAUGGGGGGGAGAUUCACCAUCCCGCGAAUCUUCCUUCGUCGACUCAGCCAACAAGAGAUGCUGACGCUGGCCGGGUGUGGCGAGGUGCCUGGCGAAGACCUUGGCGAGGGUGUAUGGCAAGUCAUAGCGGACGGACAUGUAAAGACUGGAAUUAUCACUAGCUCAGGCAUAUCCUCAGAAUAUCUUGCUAGUGACAUCAACACCACGAAUGGGUUCUUGGAGGUCGCAGAGGUCAACGAAGAAGACCUGUGUGUUCCCCGCAGAGAAAAUAAGUAUAUGAUAAUGGGGUAUUCCGAGAUGAACUACUUCGAGGCACAAGAUUAUUGCCGUGCUUACGGUGGAAACGUACCCAAUAACUCUGACCCACGAGCUUUAGAUUUUUUCGUAAAGAUCGCAAUGCAGAACAAUACGUCUCUGCUUUCUUCUUGGGGUUCUGACUGUUUUAGCUUUAUGGCUCAUGAAGGCUCCUUCAGUAUUUUGCCAUAUCGCUGUCUGGAUGGAUUAAAAGCAAUGACAUGUGAGGUACCGAAGACCAUGACCUUUGAAAUCCGUGCUGACAGUGAUAAAGUGGAGGAAGCCUUUUACCACAUCCCAUAUAGUUUAAAGCCUUCGUUUCUUGCUUUGUCUGGGAGGCAAAUACGUGUAGACGGGGAUUUACUUACUCUUUUAGAUUCAAGAGGCCAAAUGGUGGCUUCUGCAGUUAACACUGGACUGCAACCUGUUGGUCGUUUCGAAUGGGAAUAUGAGAAUAAAAAAAAGCGGGUUUUUACCUUCACUGCUUGCUCAAAGGACGAAUUUACAUGUAAUAAUGGGUUGUGCAUUGACCUGAGCAAUCGCUGCAACGGAAUAGAAGAAUGUUCAGACAGCAGCGAUGAGGAGUGCUCUAUUAUGCUGCCCCUGCCUAUCACAUAUCGCAAGGAGCGUCCUCAUAAAUUCUUCACGGAUCUUAACCUCACUGUGGCCUCGAUGGAAGUCCUUGAGGUCGAUGUCUAUGAGAACGUAUUCAGGGUAAAUGCCGAGUUUCACACCAGCUGGCGAGACGGGAGAAUUGACCUGUCCCAGAUAAGCGCAACGGCCUCCGAAAAUGUCAUCGAUAUGUCCGACAUUUGGGUGCCGUCUAUCGAACUCAAGAACGCCGUAUUUAAGGAUAUUCUAGCUCACCUUAGGAGAAGCGAUGUGAGGGACGUCGUUCUGGCCCAUCGAGAAACGCCUGGUACUAUAAGAACACAAAAUGGGCUGGAGGGAUAUACGUACAACGCGGAUCGAGACGCCUUCUUGAAAUUGAUUGAAACCUUCGAAGCUUCGUAUAAGUGUCACUUCGAACUCGAUCUCUUCCCCUUCGACGUCCAUGUGUGUUCUCUUAACAUUUCGCUUCGGCAGUUUAGCAGAUCCUUCAAGGCUGUUUUUCGCGAUAUUGACUUGUCAGCCGCGCCGUUGUCCAAAAAGCUUCCCCUUAUAACACCGACCAAGUUCUGCUACACACCUCACGCCGAUGACAGCGGUAACGUCACAACAGUUAAUUUCCAGGUUCUUCUCAGAAGACGCUUCGCUUCUUACGUCUUCACGACCUUCAGCCCGUGUUUGGUGUUGACCCUCAUCGGCUACAUGACCCAGUUCUUCAGCCAUGAAAACUUCAGCGACCGCAUCAUGGUGACCCUCUCGUGCCUGAUCGUGGUGGCGGCCCUCUUCUCGCAGAUCGCCGCCACCGUCCCGGCCUCUGCCUCCCACAAAGCCAUCGACGUGAUUUUCCUCAUCAUCAUCGUCCGCCUCUUCCUCGUUGUCCUCCACCACUCGGUCCUCUUCCUCAUCCGAAGGUCCGUCAGGAGGGCAAAGGAGGAGGGCCUGGAAUCUGGCAUGGAAGCCGGGGACGUUGUUCCCGGUCCUGCGCUGUACCAGCCUCCCAAGAAGAAAUUCCCUCUUCCGUCGUGGACCGGGCAGGAACCAGUGACUCCAGCCAUGGAAGAUAAGGGCCAGAAUCCCCUGCCAGCUUGGAUGAAACUGGACGUAAUGGCCAACAAUGGCAAUCAACGGGAAAUAAACAAGGAGGUCAGGUCGUAUGACGAAUUCUUCAAUAUUUUCAGCAUCAGCUUCGGUAUGCUGGCGGAUGUUUUGUGGAUUUCGUUAUACUAUUACAAAAUUGCCAGCGAACGGGAUCUUGUCAUCCAAGAGUUCGAGAAGUGUUUGGAAACAAUGAGAGCAAUUGAUUAACCACCAAGAGGUAUGGACGAGUGGAUAGAAAAAUCCUUACUUCAUAUCUAUCUUUAAGAAUAAAAAAAUAAUAAAAUC